UUUCAGAUCACGAACCACGAAAUCCCGUAAGUUGUUGGUUUAUUCAUAUACUUUGUCUGUGAUAUUUAGAAAUCGAUACAUUGAAUGAUCCUUUCCUCUAACGAAUAAAGUCCAACAUAUACGUUAUAGGAAAAAACUGUUCAAAAUGCCUUCACAAUAUAUUAAAAAAUCAGCGAAAUUGNNAAAUGAAUCUGAAAUUAAUAACCAUAAGGAAUAACAAUUUCUACCAUGGAAUGAAUCUACAAAUGUAUUUUGUCUAUGGCGCAAGGAUGUGACGUUUUAGUCAGCUGAUAGUACGAGAAGUUAGCUACAGUCAUCUGUCAGGACGCCAUUGUUAUUGUGAAAAUUUUGUUGUGAGCUACAGUGUUCUUUGUCUUUCCGUACAGUUUAUAUCAUAUUUAAUAUUAUACGUGUGUAUAAUUGUAAAUUGAACGAACACAAAACAUCAUAAUGGGUCUUGUUUGCUCUACGGCACAGCUUGCUUGCCUUUGUGGAAGCACAGCUUGUAGCUUUUGUUGUUCCCAAUGUCCUACAUGUCGCAACAGUACAAGUACUCGUAUUAUGUAUGCGUUAUUAUUAAUGCUGGGAACCAUUGCUGCUUGCAUUACAUUGGCACCUGGUUUGCAGGAUGCACUUAAAAAGGUUCCAUUUUGUAAUAAUAUUUCAUAUGUACCAUCUGAUUUAACUAUUGAUUGUCAAUCUGCCGUUGGAUAUUUGGCAGUGUAUAGAAUAUGUUUUAUUAUAGCUCUUUAUUUUUUCCUAAUGUCAAUCAUGAUGAUAAGAGUAAGAAGUUCUAAAGAUCCUCGGGCUCCUAUACAAAAUGGAUUCUGGGCCAUUAAAUAUCUUUUAAUAAUCGGUGGAAUUAUUGGUGCUUUCUUUAUACCUGAAAGAUCAUUUGGAAUAACAUGGAUGUAUUUUGGUAUGAUAGGUGGUUUUCUUUUUAUUAUUAUUCAAUUGAUUCUGAUCGUUGAUUUUGCCCACACAUGGGCAGAUAACUGGGUAGGGAAUUAUGAAGAAACUGAGCAGAUAGUUGUGAUUUGAACAAGUUUUUCAUAUCUUUCAACCUGAUAUUGUGUGUAAUCGUUAGUAUUGUAUCAACUCUUCCAAAUGUGCAAGAACAUAAUCCACGAUCUGGGCUCCUUCAAUCUUCUAUUGUAUCACUAUAUGUUGUUUAUUUAACUUGGAGUGGAAUUUCAAACAGUUCAGAUCAUGAAUGUAAUCCUGGACUCUUGGUAAUAAUUUCUGGUAAUGAUGCUAAUGCACGUGUUGCCUUUGAUAAGGAAAGCAUUAUUGGAUUAAUUAUUUGGUUUAGCUGUGUAUUAUAUAGUUCUUUGCGUACUGCAUCUAAAUCAUCAAAGAUCACAAUGUCUGAGAACAUUUUGGUCAAGGAUAACGGAGCUGAUUAUACUCCGGUAGAAGGUCGCAACGUUGAUUCAGAAGCUGGAAAUGAGGCUAAAGUUUGGGAUAACGAAGAAGAUGCUGUAGCUUAUAAUUGGAGUUUCUUCCAUCUGAUGUUUGCUCUUGCCACUUUAUAUGUUAUGAUGACACUUACUAAUUGGUAUCAACCAAAUUCUAAUUUGGAUACCUUGAACUCUAAUAAUGCUUCAAUGUGGAUAAAAAUUAUAUCGUCUUGGAUGUGUUUGGGAUUAUAUGUGUGGUCAGUGAUAGCACCAGCAGUAUUAACCAAUCGAGAUUUCUCUUAAAUACAUUAUCUUUGCAUUAAGAGUGGCAAUUAGCAGGUAUAUAAAUUUAUAUAACGUAAAAAUAAUCAAUAUAAAUAUUCAAAUAUUCUUAAACUAUAAACUUUAUUAUUAUUUAUGAGCUUCCAAAUGUGUAAAAUUUAUAUAUUUAUAAAAAGAUUGAUUAUUUAGUUCAGUUAUUUAAAGUCUAGUUAUAGUAUAUCCUUCAAAGUUAUGUACAAUGUUUAACUGAAAGUAUAACAAUUGUGACAUUAAUAUUUAAAUUAAAGUAUCUUUAUAAUCAAUCAUUAAUAAUUAAUAUAAACAAAUAUAUAUCAAUAAAUAGUCAUAUAUUCUAUUAAACAAUUUUUGAUUUUUAUUGUACAUAUGUUUGGAGGUAAGGAUAAUUUAUAAUAACAAAACAUAAAUAUAUGCUUUUGGAUACCUUUCAUAUCUCAAUGAAUGAUUAUUUAUAUUUAUUAUAUAUAUUUAUUUUUUUCUUUUUAAUAUAAACAUUUUUCUUUAAUUCCAGUUUUUGUAAUGCCUGCAUAAUUAAUAAGAUUUUGUUAUAAAAUUUUCAUCUGUAGAAAGAUGAUAUUGUAAGUAUCAUUUGAUACAUUGUUUUGUUCAAUAUAUUUUUAAGUUAAUUUUUUUUAACGUCAUUAAUGAUACAUUUUUAUAUAUUAAGUAAUAUAUGCAUAGUGAUGCAGUAGUGUAAAACUUUUUCAAAUAAUGAUUAGAGUUUACCAUUAUAUGUUUGAGUCAUAAUUGUUUUACGAUUAAUUACGAAUAAUGAAAAUAUGAAUUAUUCUUUGUAUUUACUUUAAAUAUUUAAGAUAUAAUUUUAUGUCCUUGUAUAAAAAUUAACAGAUUUUAAUUAAAAUCGAAUAGAAUAGUAAUACAAUGUCAAAAUAUACAUACUCAUAAGUUCUAUAUAUGCAUGUAUAUAUGUUUAUGAAUGUAAUAUCGCAUUUUACAUUUAAUAACUUUAAUGUGAUAAUAAUUGUAUACACAAAAAUAUGUUCUUUUUUAAUGAUACUCUACUAAGAUAAUAAAGAAAUCAAGUUCAAAAAAAUAAAAUGAUAUUUUAUUAAUCCUCAAUAAUUGUUUUAUUGAAUAUGUUUUAUUGAAACUUAACUGAAUUAUAGUUAAAACAGAAAUAACAUUAUUAACUGAAGACUCAAUAGUACAAUAAUAGUAUGAAACAUAUACAAUUUAUACAUAUAAAUUUGUCAUUUUGUUUAUAAUUUUCACUAAUGUGCAGUUCAUUUAAAAUAAUAAUAGAAUAAAAAAGAUGCCCUUAAAUAAAUAACACUAUAAUAAAAUAAACUAAAUCAAAAUUUGUAUAUAUUUGUAUUCACAGAAAGAGUUUUAAAAAUUAUAUUAAUAUUAAAAUAUUAACAUUAAUAUUACAAUUAUAAAAAUAUUAUUUACAGAUACUUAUAUAA